GAUAUGGCGGCGGCGGCGGGAUUAGCGCCGGGGCUGUCGCGGGAGCUGAAGAAGAUUCUGGAAUUUCGUACGGACAUUCCGGAUUUGGGUUAAUUCUCUUAAUUAUUUGAUUUUUUUUUUAAAAAAAAACUUGCUCAUGCAAUGCUUGUGUCGGAAGCAUAGUGUCAUAAUCUAUUUCUGUUCGAUUGAGAGCAACCUUCUCUCUGGGGUUUUAUUACAGAACAAGCGAGAGAGAUCAAGGAAGCGAUUUCCGAAUCUUAUUUGUUCUUUUUUUUUUUACGGUUUCUGUUUGAUCGGAAUCCGAGGCAGUUCACGAGAUUGGUCCGGUCGGAAAAUGGGGGAGUGGAGGGCGCACGUGGGGAUGGUGGGGGUUCAACUGUUGAACGGAGGGUACCACGUCAUCACCAAAUCGGCACUCGACGUGGGCGUGAACGAGUUCGUCUUCUGCGUCUUUCGCGAUCUCAUCGCUCUCUCCAUCCUCCUCCCCCUCGCCUUCUUCCUCGAUAAAAAGACCAGACCGCCUAUGAACAGACGCUUUCUCUUGACCUUCAUCUUCCUCGGAUUGACAGGGAUAUUCGGCAACCAGCUCUUGUUCCUUAUCGGUCUAAACUACACGAACCCGACAUAUGCUGCAGCCAUUCAGCCAUCUAUCCCCGUCUUCACUUUCAUCCUCGCUGUCAUGAUGGGCACAGAGAGAAUGAACUUAUUCAGGUUGGAAGGUCAAGCUAAGAUCGGGGGCACGGUUAUUUGUGUUGUUGGAGCGGUACUGAUGGUUUUGUUCCGUGGCCCGGCUUUGUUCGGGGAAAGAGAUGUCGAGUUUUCGGUACAUAACGAUAUACAGGCAAGCAGAAAGGGUGAACCAUCUUCCGGACAAUGGCACUUCGGAGUUCUGUGCUUGGUCGGGAACUGUGCUUCCAUGGCUGCUUUCCUUGCCAUUCAGGCUCCACUUCUGAAGAAGUACAAAGCGAAUCUUUCAGUAACAGCUUACUCUUAUUUCUUCGGAACGCUGUUCAUGGUGAUCGCAGCUAUUUUCAUGACCAGCGACUCUACCAUGGAUUGGAAUCUCACGCAAUCUGAGUUAUUGGCAGUUCUCUAUGCUGGAGUUAUUGCUUCUGCACUCAACUAUGGUCUUUUGACAUGGUCGAACAAGAUCUUGGGGCCAUCAUUGGUUGCUCUCUACAACCCUCUUCAACCUGCAGCAUCGGCCUUUUUGUCCAGAAUCUUCCUAGGAAACCCCAUCUAUUUGGGAAGGUUUCGCCCGUUUCUCUUUCUUUUUGAUACUCUUACGUUGAAUCUGAAGGUUGCCCUUUUCUUACAAGCUGAUUCUUCUUCUCCUUCUUCUUCUUCUUCUUCUGUUGUUAGCAUUGUAGGCGGAUUUGCGAUCAUUUUGGGCCUCUACUGCGUCACUUGGGCAUCCUACAGAGAAAGGAAUGCAACUGCAGGUUCCAUCCCGACUACCGAAAAGGAAUCUGAACCAUUGAUGAACCAAGACCACACUAACAAGACAGCAGUAGGGCAUCUCUUCACAAGAACAGCUCCUGUCUCUUCACCGAAAUCUGCCAAAUGACCUUGAAGAUUUUUCUAGUUUUGGUCUGUACUCAUCCCUUCUCGUUUUCCUCUGCAAUCACAAGUAACAUUAGAUGGGUUGAAUUCUUCCGACUUUGACAAUGUUAUAUACAUAUAUAUGUAUAGUCCUAUAGUCAUGAAUUCGUU